GUGAGAAAUCGUGUGAGUAAUACGUGAGUAAUUUUUGUACGUCAAUGACGGUGACUUUACACACUGUCGUUGUGCUGAGCUGAUGUACGCAUCAAGACAUUUCCUGUGGAUUUGGUGAAGCUAUAACAGACAGGGACAGUUGUGGUUGAAAUGGGCCGGCGAAGUAUCGCAACUGUCAAAGUUACGGACGUAGAAAAAAGACGUUCACCCAGCAAGCACUAUGUGUAUGUAAUCUGUGUCACUUGGUCAGAUGGCACAACAAGCACUAUUUACAGACGCUACAGCAGGUUUUUCGACUUUCAGAAUGAGCUGUUGGACAAGUUCCCAAAUCAGGCAGGUAAAGGGGAUCCAAACAAGAGAAUCAUACCCUUUUUACCUGGGAAAAAGUUUUUGGGGAGAAGUCACAUUCGAGAAGUAGCAGAGAAACGCCUUAAACCUAUUAAUGAAUACUGUGAGAGCUUAAUCAAGCUGCCCAGUGAAAUAGCAGAGAGUGAUGAAGUACUAGAGUUCUUUGAAGUAGAACCUGAGGACGUUGAGCCCAUUAAAAAAAGACAUGUGAGCAAAAAACCCAAGGGGAACAAAAUCUCUGGCCCCAAACUUUUGGAACAAUAUGUGGCUAUAGCAGAUUACAAACCUGAAGGAAAGGGAGAAAUUGCACUGCGUCAAGGUGUCUCUGUGGAGGUGGCAGAGAAAACUGAAACAGGUUGGUGGUUUGUGACAGCAGAGGAUGAGCAUGGCUGGGUGCCCAGUACUUACCUGCAAAGGACAGACGGACAGGCUGACCAGGGCAUAGAAACACCAGAGCCAGGGCAAGAGGAGGAGUACAUAUGCACGACUGCCUUUAAAGGUGACGGCCCAGAUGAGAUAAGCCUGGAGAUAGGUGCCAUUGUACUGAUCAUGGAGAAAAACCUUCAGGGCUGGUGGAAAGUCAGGUUUAAUCGUCAGGAAGGUUACGUACCUGCGACAUACCUAUCCAAGAUAAAUCCUGACAAGGCAAGAGGUGUCCAGCAUGAGGGGAAGCACCUCUCUCAGGGUGUCCAGGUAGUCAGCUCUCUGUCUGAGGUCAGCGAGUACUUCAAACCCUCCACAAAGAAGGCAUCCUUCAAACAUCCCCCACCCAGGACCAACUCUCUGCCUAAAGGAUCUGGCUUGAUCACUCCGUCUGUAAUCCGAGUGAAGGAGUAUGUAACAAUAGAUGCAUUCAGUGACACCAUGGGAGACGGCAUCAGUUUCUCUGCUGGAGAAAGUGUCAAGGUACUGGAGAAGAGCCCUAGUGGAUGGUGGUAUGUCGAGAUAGGAGAACAGGAGGGCUGGGCACCAGCAGCCUAUAUACAACAGUUACCAGAUACACCAGCUGUAAGUGAGGAAGGAACAGCGGUCAUUGAGUCAGUGACCAUGAAAAAGGAUGAGUUUGAUGAGGAAUCAGACUCUGACUUCAGCCAAGAGGAGUCAGGGCCGCAUCCAAGCAAUGAGGCUGCUCUUCAGAGCUCCCUUGUUAGCAAGCUAGGGAAUAAGACAAAAGGCAAGUCCAGGCCAUCAGUGACUCCUCCCCCACCACCUACAAAACCAGGGUCACAGAAAGGGGCGCAUGCUACCAUAGCAAAACCGGGUGUGAUGGGUGCGAAGGCGCCUGCGACGCCAGCCAAGCCCGAGACUCCACCAAAGCUCAAUUCUACUGGAUCCUCAUCACAUGGUCAAGCCAGUAUAAUGCGCCCCAAGCCUCCAGCGAAUAAACCCUCUUCACAACGCUCAUCUACUGAAGACGAAUGGGAUAAUGUUCCCUCACCUACCCUUAAGGUGAAUGACUUAGCAAAUGCUCUCAAAGCUAAAUUUGAACAAUCUGGAAAUGGUUCUGAUAGGUUCAGAAAAUCCAAACCUCCCCCACCUUCAAAACCCAAUAAUUUUAGAAUCUCGAAAGCUGUUCCUCCUUCAGAAUCUGGAGUUUUUACUCCGUCCAAGCCUGAUCCACCCUGUAAACCUGACCCACCUGCUGUCACCCUCCAAAAACAACAGUAUAGGGUCUCGUCUACAUUUGUAGCUGAGAAUACAGGGGAGAUAAACCUGAGGCAGGGUGAUCGUGUGUCUGUGGUACAGACCGAUGACAGUGGGUGGUGGCUUGUGGAGUCAGAGGGUGUAGAAGGCUGGGCACCUGCCAGUUACCUGGACUCCGUAGACGAUGUCUCACCUCUAACCAGCCCUAGUAUGGAUAAACAUGCCUCCAUUCAAUCAAAUUCUCUCAUGGAUGAAAUCAGCAGUAAAUUUGGUGCCAGGCUGAAACCUGUGCAAAAGUCAUCACCGUCAUCAGAUAAUUGUAGAAAUGGAGGUGUGUCAUCAUCUCCUCUUCUUCCACCUGGCAAAAACCCCUCCCCUGGCUCGCUUCCAGCGCUGCCAGUCAAACCAAAAUCGGGGGCAGCUUCUAAAGGGAGACUACCUCCAGUUCCUCCCCAAAAACCUUCAUAAUGUAAUACUUCAUUACACUAUAUUUUUAUGCAGUGCUCUUAGUUAUAGUGUUUUAUAGUUUAAGAAAAUUUAAAUGUAAUUUCUUAGACACAAUCGUCUUUACAUUGAUAUGCUGUCAGAUUUUAAUAUUUAUAUAUUAAAUGAAAGGAUCAGUAAGAAGUGAUAUUUUCUGAGCAUUUUCAAAAAUUAUACAUGUACUUAUAUACAUUUUAAUGUAUUUAUAUUUUACCAUGUCCAGUUUUUAAACAAUGAGACCAUCCAAAUUAGACAGAUAUUUGAGUUUGCCAUAAUUUGUCUGAGAAAUGGUAUAAAUAUUUUCUUGUAUCUGAAUUAUACUGGUCUCUCCCACAUGUCAUACAUGGUGAUGUACUAUAGUAUGGUUUAAGUAUAUCAUAUGUAUGUCUUCUUUUUGUGCCAAGAUUGUAAAGAAAAUAUGGCUAUUUUCCAUCAUGGCCUAUUAAAUAUUUUAUCAUGCAUCAGUAAUUUUUUUAAUUCAAAUUUAAAGGCCUAAGGCAGUGCACAUAUAAGAUGAGGUGUUCUGGUGGACAGCUUCCCGUAAGUUGAUCUGCACAUCAUGUGCACAUCAUAACUCUCUCUCCAUAUGAACCCAGUAGUAGGAAGCUUUGCCAUCAGGUCACCGUUACCAGGGCAGUGGGUGAUAACCUCCACUGCUUUAUUACUGAACAUACAGGAUCUGGUCUCCUAAGUAGUGGAGUGUAUAAAGGGUUCUGCAACUUUGCCUUUUUAACUCUGCACUGCUCCAGUUUUAUCAGUACAAUAUCAAGGUACAUGAUUGUUUUAAUUAUAUAUUGCUUUUUACAGUGUUUACAAGUGAUACUCAAAUUCAGUGAUUAAAGCACUGUUACUUGAGUCAAGUUGCCGCCUUUGUAAUGAGGAUACAUGUUCUGCUGUUAGCUAACCCAUUGCUGCUUUAUUAGGGGUUAGACAUGCACAUGUACAAAUACGUGUUAAAAACUGACUCUCAGCAACAUAUUUCUGAUCCUUUGUGAUCUACCUUAUUUAUUAUAACCCUAAAUAAAGCUGUCAUAGUGUAAAUAGUGCACUUUUAAUAUAUAUGUAUUAAUUCAAAAAGAUGUCCAAUGAAAUGAAAGUAUGCGUCUUUAUUAUUUUGCACAUUUUUAUGACUAGGUAAUAAAUAUUUUAUGUUGUUUCGCUCAGUUUGGUUCUAUUUAUAAUUGUUUACAUGUUCAUAACUGUAUGACUGUGGCAGAAUACAGGUAAAUGCUCUGUAUUUUAGUAAUUAUAUGUUCAUACUAUUAUCUAUCAGAAUUCCUUAAUCACUGAGGUACCAUUUACUGUGGAUAUACUGGGCUUCUCUGAAUCUAGAGCUUCAUACAUGUACAUAAAGCUUUGCUAUGGGUUUACGAAGGAUCUGUACUGAUGCUUGCGGCUUUAGUAGAAAUACUUGGGAUAGGAUUUGCUUCAUAGAGGUUCAUGUAAUAACAAUACAUGCACUGAGAAUCAGUUAGUGCCUUAGUACUGUUGCACUUAUUCAUCUCUUGAGGUUUGAAGUAUUCUGUUGUCUUAUAUUUAGUCUGUUGGAUGAUUCUCUGAAGUGGUCACUCAUUCUUAUGAAGUGAAGGUUUUAUACAUUUAUACAGUGUCUGUAUCAGUUUGUCCUCAUUGUGUACAUGUAUCUACUGGAUAGCCAUUUACACUGUAUUUACUUUGGUUUCACAAAAAUUUGAAACAACAUUGUAUUAACAUGACAAUUGUCGCACUAAUCUGGUCAUUUUUUAAAUCUAAUCAAUCAGUCAUACACUUGCUUAUCAAAAGAGUGUCACAAAUUAUGCAUUUAUAAAAUAUUAGGGGCAUAUCUUUUCAGUCGAUAGUUUGUGUUGUGAAGAGUAUGGCUGUAAUAAAGCUAAUGAAGUGCAACUUUACAUACUGUACUAAAAAGAAAGGGCUGGUUCAAUCUUUGAAACUUUUUGCUGUUUUAAACCAGUAUCACUGCAAAAACAUCAUGUUUUUUUAAAGAAUGUAUGAGUAUUUGCAUCCCUUCAGAUGUAUUUGCAUAAAUUCUAAAAUGGUCAAAAUAUACCGGAGAAAUUCUUGAAACAACAUAAGCAAUAAUCAUUAAUUUUUAUCUUGUCUAAAUAUCUAUGUUCAGUAAAUGAUCUAACAUUUUACCCCAAAAAGUGCACUUUUCAAGGCAAAUAGAUGUGAUGAAGUAUUACCUUUAGUGUUGAAACUUACAUUUUUACAGUAAGAUUUGCAACCAUAUCUCAAGACUUCUUUUUAUUCUUAUUAAUUGAUCUCUCAAAAUGAGACAAAAAGUUGAAUGCAAUUAUGGGGGAAAUUCUAGUUCAAUUACAUCAAUUGGGGAGAUAAGAAAAUGCCAGGUGUUAGUUAAUUGAUUUGACAAGAUGUUUUAUUUAAGAUGAUCAAUAUGCUCUUUUAAAGGGGGUUUGAUGAUAUAACAAAUGUAACUAACUCUCUUGUGAUGUUACUGAUUUUUUUGGAAUGCAUGUUGCUUUGCUGUUUAACCACUUAAUUCUGCAUAAUGGCUAUCUUUUUUUUUUUUGCGAAAGGAGUUUUUUUUUCUCAAAUAUCUAAUGCCAGUAUCAAAAGUAGGACCAAUUUUCAUAAAUUUUCUGUGAUUUUUAAAUUUCUCAUGCAUGUAAUAUCUCACAUUUAUCUAAUACUGAUGUUAUUACAUUCUGUUGCAGAUAAUUACUUCAGAGAAAAUUAAUUUUAUGAAGGAAAGCCCGAAACUGUAUUAAUUUUUGAAGUAUUCUCAGUUGAUUUUUCAACAAAUUGUACAGGGUGUCCCAGAAGUCGUGCACCAUCCAGGUUGAGGUUGAAUGGUUGAGCAGAGUGUUGCCCCAUCUCUUCCAAACAUAAAAACCAUUUCAACUCUUUCUUGUACUGUUAGUUUAUUAGCUAUAAUUAACUCUGAAAGAGAGAAAAAAAAUUUAAAAUCAGUAUCAAAUCUAAAACACAGAAAAAAAUGAAAAUCAGGAUGGUGCACGACUUCUGGGACACCCUGUAUAUCUGAAAUGCAUCAUGAAAUGAAAGAUUUCUGACUUAUUUCAGCUUACUGAUUUUAUCCUGCAGCACUUGCAAUAUUUAUAUGUAUUAUAAAAAUCACAUGAAAUAUGACCUUAUUUCUAUACUCAUGAAGAUCUUUUUCACACUGUUUACGUCAAUAAUUAAUAUAACCUACAUGUAUGACACAUAUAACCUUAUUUUCCACAUUUUACAGUUCUGCAAUGUGUGCUGUCACUUAAUCCUAAUUUUGAGCCUGUGUGUACUUGCUUGUAUUGUGUUUCAGGUUAAAUGAACAAGGAGGAGUAAAUGUCUUUACAUACGGUUAAAUAAUACCUUCCUGUUUAUUAUUGGUGUCUGAUAAUGAACCUUUGGCACAAUUUGUAUCAUUUAAAUAUAGCGUAUUUGCUUUGUUAUCGUUUCAAAGGACACGUGAUCGUGGUUGACCUACACUUACAGCCUGUGGGUUCCCUUGUCACACAGAUGAAGAAAUGCUGGCUUUCAGACAGAUUUCUUCACUAAAACUUAGUGCAUUCACUGAAUGUGUGUUCACUGAAAAUAUGUACCAAAGCACUGCAUAGAUUUUCUACAUGUUUGUAUAUAGCACUCCAUAUACCUGGGAUAGAAUAUCACAACAAAAUCUCAUUGAUUUUUAUUUCGUCUGUCUUAUCUGACAUUUAUCCGACAUAUUUUUUCAGAUACACUAAGCAUGUGAUAAAUAUUUAACAAGAUCUUUAAUACUAUAUAUAUAUAUUUGUCGUUUAGGGUAUAUGUUUUUUGCAAAUUUAGCUUCAACUGUAGUUGCACAUAGACAUAAUUCUGAAGAGGGAGAAGUAAGUUUUGUAAUGGUAAGAUGUUUCCUAAACUUGAAAAGGAAGACAAGUGUAAUUUCUUAUUUGUCCAAGAUUUUAUUACUUUUACAAUUAUAACUUGGGGGGAAAAAUGACAAAUAUCCCACAAGUAGACCUGGAAUAGUUUUCUACAUUUAUUCUACAUGGUGGGUAAUAUACAUGCCCUCAAAAUCAAUUAUGUAUAAUUAUGCAUGUUAAUUUUUAAGGAUAUGUUAAAAAAUAUCGAUUGGUCCAUGUAUUGGAUAAUCUUUUAUAUACUAAUCUAAGCUACAGACACAGUACUUGGGCUAUAAAUCUUGUACAGGUCUCAGUUGUAUUACUAUAAACCAAGAAUAUUUAUAAAGACCAGGUUUGUUUUUUUGAAAAUAAACUUCUGUUAGUUACA